AUGGCGAGGACGUACGUUGUUCUCUUUCUCUCGGUGUUGAUGUUUUCUGGUACUGGAGGAAAACGAACCGAGGAAUGCAAACCAGUCGUUAUAGACAAGAAGGAAGUACUUCGUACAGAGACAUAUUAUGAAGAUACUACGCGAUCCUUUGGCAAACCUGGAUCGCCUCUAUCGCAUCCGGUGAUGAAGAAGUCUUGUGAAAACGCUAGACAAACAACUCCACCUGCAGACACCAUUGCCAAUGUACCACGUGACUGUGCUGAUAUUCAAGCCAGAGGAGAAACUAUCAGCGGUAUCUACGGCAUUCAUCCGCGUGGAGUGAAGAACCCGUUCAACGUCUUCUGCGACAUGGAGACCGCAGGGGGUGGUUGGACCGUAUUUCAACGCAGACUGGCUCCUGCAGGCACUGCAAACUUUUCCGUUAACAUGACGGCUUACAAGCAUGGUUUUGGCAGUGUCGACGCCGAGCACUGGCUAGGCAACGACAAGCUUCAUCACCUGACAAACCAAAAAGCGUACGAACUACGGCUAGACAUUGAGAACUUAUUUCAUAGGAAGGUCACAUACGCUCAUUAUCGUCACUUCGUCAUCGGCAACGAGACCAGGAAUUAUACGCUGACAGUCAAUGGCCAUUUUGGUGUCGCAGGUGAUGCUUUGUCUCGUAUCUCUGGCCGUCCUUUUUCUACCCAUCCCCAGCAGAUUGACUGCAAUGGGGGAUGGUGGCACGAUCCCUCGAAGAAAUGUAAUCCGUACUUUCAUCUCAACGGCAUACGACACAAGCAUUUUCAACGGCCCGUCGGACGAAGCGCAUUUGGAUUGUUCUACGGCGUCUUCGUCAAGGCAUCCGAGAUGAAAAUUCGUCCUGUGUAG